AUGAGCGAACAAGUUGUCUAUUCCUCGUCCUUGCUGUUUGGAAAGCCGCCUCAAGAGGCCAUGGAGGCACUCAAGCUGCGCCAUGCGCAGUCGAAAACCAUCAACCACGAGCUGGCAGAAUGGUUUACCGCGUACGGCCGGCUCCGGCUCCAGUAUGUUGACCAGCUCAAGGCCCUACUGAAGAAGGGAGACGGUCUGCUGACGAGCCUUGAUAACCCAAAACUGCAUAAUGCGACGGUCGAUUCGCUUGGGCUUGCCUCGCCAAUGUGGACAGGAGUUUUGAAUAUAGUGCACAAAGAAGCCGAGCUGCUAGACUCCAGCACCCGGAAGAUGGGAAGGGACAUGAUCGCGCCGUUGAAAGUGUUUGGCCGCCACAACGACUCGAAUUUGAUUGAAAUGGAUGAUCUGGUGGUCCUCGCUUCGUCGAUUUCGCAGAAAGAGGCCCAUGGCGACGCAGAUGCCCUUAGAACCGAGUGGAGCGAGAGAGCGCCCUACUUUUUUGAGGUGUUCGAACGCUACGAUUACAAUCGGCUCGUGCUACUAAAGGACGUAUUCCUCAAAUACCAGACCGACGUCAGCGACGUUCUGGAGACUUUCAAAAAGCUAAACGAAACGGCACUAGAGCACACUCUGAGUUUCAAUCCGCCGGACGAAAUCCAGCGUUUUUCGGAGGCCGUCUCGGCCAAAACGCUGCCAAUUGAGCUGACCAAAGAGGCUCCUCCAACGAAAAAGGCCCAGGACAACGGUUUCACCGCGACUCCGAAACCGUCGCACCGCAAAUCCCGGAUCCUCAGCCUCGCCAGCUCCAAGGCCGAGCACUCAUCCCCAACCAAAUCGAGACAUCCGGCCGCUCCGUCCCCGUCUCCAGAGAAGAAACCGAAGGAAAAGCACGGUCUGCGGCUGAAAUUCGGGACGAUCAUGCGUGCAAGCAGAAAGAAGAAGAGCGACGCUCACAACCUCAGCAGCACCGCCAUCGCAGAAAGCGAGGACUCGUCCGUGGUUAGUGGCCCUGUACCCUCCACCGAACGCAGCGAGCCAAGCGUAAGCGAGAGAGCCACUCCUCGGGCUUCGACUCCGCCGGCCCAGCAGCCUUUGGCGGAAAAGGUGCGGGAAAACGUUCCCGAGAUUAUCCACGAGACUGCCCCUGCCUCCUCCACGCUGGCCAAUGGCUACCCGGCCAUGCAGCCUACGAAGCGAUCCAACUCGACCGCCAGCGAGCUCACCAACAGCUCCUCCAUCCAGCCGUCCUAUAGAGGCUCCGCCAGCUCUCUGGCCUUUGCUUCUGCGGGAACAGUUCCUACCACGGCGCCGGAACCCGUCCAGAAGGCCGUUCCUGUGGCUGCCUCUGUGCCUGAGGCCGCUACUGAGUCGAGCUCCGAAGCAGCAGCUCCGCCAGUGCCUUCCGCCAGGAAACACACGUCAACGGACGUGGGUCUCGGCCCGAGACAGCCACACGGCUCCGCGCCUGCUCCUCCACAGCAGCGCAGAGUCAGCACUCUUGGCAGCUCGCUGGAGCCGGCGCCGAUCGCUGCGACUGCGACAGGGUCGACGAUGUUGUCCAGAACUAACACCGGCACCGGUGGCCUGUCCAGCGGCCAGAUUCACCACCCUAACCUCACUCAGCCCGGCUUAAACGCAUCGAUCGUAGAGAUCUACAACGCCUCCUUCAAAGACGGCCAGGUCACCGGGUCCAACGUGAUUGGCGAGAUUGCCUUCAGCUACCUGCUGGAUAAGAGCGUCCAGAAAAUUCCGUCCAAAGUCGAGCUCCAGGUGUCUUCGUCCGGAGCAUUGCCAAGCUUUAUUACGAACCCGAUGUUCAUCCAGCAAGACCAGCAGCAGCCCAACCAUUUCACGAUCGUGGAUCCGUCGCAGAUCCAUCUUCGCACAGUUGGAGGACUCAAGUACAUGCUGAAUGGCUCCAAGCCGCCGAUCGUGGUGCAUCCAAUCUGGAAGCACGAACAAAGCCAGUCGACAGUAAUCAUCUCGGUCAAGCCGGCCGACGAGCUGCUGCCACUGCUGGAGUCCGGCUCCAUCGAGCUCGCCAACCUCAUGGUGUCGGUGUCGAUCACCGGGGCACAAGCGGCCUCUGCUGCUUCCAAGCCGUCCGGGUCGUUCAAUAGAGAGAAAAAUAGAGUCACGUGGAACCUGACGUCGACUCCGUUCGUGUUCUCGGCGUCGCACCAGGAAGAACGGCUUAUUGCGCGGUUCAUGACCAACGGCGUCGCCAAAGAGGCCGACGCCGGGAUCCAGCUGCGGUUCACCAUCAACAGCGAGGCGGGAGCAGACCUGGUCUCGAGACUGAACACCGACAUCGGCAUCAAAGCGCUCGCCGACACCGCGGAGGACCCAUUCAGCUCCACAGAACACAUCCAGGAGGACUGGGGCCCCGUGACGACGCUCCAGACGGUCAUCGCCGGCAGCUACUCGGGACACGCCUAG